CACGUUCUCUCUUUUAAAGUAGUAGUUACAGAUAUGAUGAUCGAUGAGAUAUAUAUCUGUCCACCAUUGAUGAUAUACUGAUAUCCUUGCAAUUCCCCACACAAAAAUGUCACCACCAGAAAACAACAAAAGUUUAUCCGAACAAAUCCUACAAAGAUUAACAAACAUUAUCCCAACAACGUUGUCGUGCGCCUUCAACAAGGCCACUACCUUGGGUCGGCAAAUCGGAAACCUAUUCGCCAUAGCGAUAAAGGCGGCAUGGUCCAACGUGGGAGCGGUGGAAGGGCUAGUGGCCGCCGUGGUCCUCAGCGCAGCCGCCUACUACUACAUCGUAGUCAGAAAACACGUCCCCGCCGACAAGAAAAAUAACGGUCGUCAUCAGCUGGUGUUCUCGCGGUCCAUGUCGGUGGGAGCUCUCCACGGCGGCCAAUUUGCCAUCCAGAGACUGGUGGAGUACCACGACGCACGCGCCAACCGAGCGUCGCUUCAAUCUGCCGAGGAUGCGCUGGAUUCUCUGCUCAAUCAGGACCUCCCAGAUUUCAAGAAACUGCAAAGGGUGGUGGGGAGGCUGGAGAUGAGUGGGAAAGAGGGGAAGGCGGUGGAGAGACUGGAAGCUGCAGUGAAGAAAGCUGGAAUGCAGGGAAAGCCACAUGAAGCUUAUGAGUUUGAUAUGUUGCUUGUAGAAAUGCUCAUUUACAAGGGUGAUUUCAAAAAGGCUUUGAGCCGCCCAUGCUUAAAAGAUGAAUCAAUCACGGAUGCCAGACGUCCACUAUACAAGGCCAUGAUUCAUCUGUUGUUAGAGGAUUGUAGUGAAGAAGAAGUGGAAAGGCUAUGGAAGGAGUUUAGGAGAAUUCAAAAGCAUUUCAGGUUGUCGCAUUCUUCACAAGCUCCCCAACUUCACGAAGCAGCAAGACAUUUCGACACGUUUAAGAAUAUUGUCAUGUCCCUUAAAGAUGACAUCCGCCACACCACAUUAUUGAAUGCCAACUAGCCUCCAAAAUAUAAAACUAUGAAAACGUACAUUUUUAUGUACUCAUCAGAUGAAAA